GUAUAUUUUAUUAAGGCGUUGGGGUUACGCUGGUUUGGUUAUUUUUCGGUAAUUUGAGGUUACGUUACGUGUUUGGUGAAUGAGGUUAGGUUAGGUUAAAGCACCGAAAAUGUCGAUCCUCCUUCGAAGCAUUUUAACAAAACUUGAGGGAUGUUCGGUGGGUCGAAUCGCGAGGUUCAGUACUCAGGUGACGGAAAACAACGAUGCAGUGCAAACGGAGCCGAUUAUUUCUACAAGCGAGGCGAUACAACAGGGGCGAUUUUACGAAAAGCCAAAGCAAGUGUGGUUGGAAAAUUUGGACACGAUUGAGGAAAAGAAGCUCGGUCUGAUGAUGUUGCAUCCAGAAGUGUUCGGGGCUCAUCCUCGCAUCGAUAUUUUACACCAAAACGUCAGGUGGCAGAGGAUGUACAAAUUUGUCUGUUAUGCUCACACGAAGACAAGAGCUGAGGUAAGGGGAGGUGGGCGAAAACCGUGGCAACAGAAGGGCUUGGGUCGCGCUCGUCACGGAAGUAUACGUUCCCCCUUGUGGCGCGGUGGUGGCGUUGCCCAUGGUCCACGGUCUCCAACAACGCAUUUUUACAUGUUGCCCUUCUACACCAGAGUCCUAGGCCUCACCUCGGCACUGACAGUGAAGUUUGGUCAGGACGAUCUACACAUUGUAAAUAAUCUAGAAAUUCCUACGAACGAGCCUGGGUACAUCGAGGACCUGGUUUACCAGAGAAAUUGGGGACCAUCCGUCCUCUUUGUCGACGUACUCGACAUCAUGCCGAAGAAUAUCACGAUGGCGACUGAUGAGAUCAAGCAUUUUAAUCUCAUGCCAGUCUAUGGUUUGAACGUUUACAGUAUGUUGAAGCACGACACGCUAGUUCUCACAGAUAAUGCUGCUCGAGAGAUAGAGAAAAAAAUACUCCUGCAGUUGAACAGAAUGAAUAGUGACGAGAUGACAAAGAAGUUCCGACUCAGUCAACAGUGAGGCUAUUUAAAAAUAACUAGUGUUUAAAUUGUGUAUAAAAUUAUUUCUUAGAGAAUAAAAGAGGCAGUCGAUGUCUGAGAAAAAUUA